AUGUCAUCCAAGAACACAAUCACCCCAUUCCAAAUCAAUAUUACCGAGGAACGGAUUAGCCUCCUACAGCAAAAGCUCGCGUUAUCGAUCCUCCCCGACGAAUUAGAGGAUGCGGGACGCGACUACGGCGUACCGCUUGCCGAUAUUCAGCGCCUACUUGCUCGCUGGCAAUCUGGGUACGAUUGGAAGAAACACGAGAAGGAAUUGAAUCAGGAGUUACCGCAGUUCCAGACGGAUAUAGACAUUGAAGGGCAUGGAACCCUCAAAAUCCACUUCGUGCACAAGAAAAGUAAUGUGGAAGGAGCCAUACCUUUGCUAUUUGUCCAUGGAUGGCCUGGCAGUGUGGUUGAAGUCCGCAAAAUUUUACCACUCUUAAUUCAAGGAUCACCUGCGUUUCAUGUGGUCGCCCUCGGUUUGCCCGGGUAUGGGUUUUCUGAAGCUCCCAAGAAAAAAGGAUUCGCUUUUGAUCAAUACGCCGAGGUAGGGAACAAAUUGAUGAUCGCACUGGGAUAUGAUCAGUAUGUAACCCAGGGAGGGGACUGGGGAUAUAUGGUCACCAGAAGGAUUGCCCACCUUUACGGUGGAACGCACUGCAAAGCUUGGCACACUAACUACGAGGCGGCAGAACCUGGUCGGGUGCCUCCAGAACUCUUUUCUCAGCCUGCCGAAUUUUUCAAGAAUCUGAGUCCUGAUAUCACACCGGAGGAGAAAUCAGGCUUGGAAAGAUCAGUAUGGUUCAGGACACAAGGAAUGGGAUAUUUCAUGGAGCAAUCCACGCAACCACAAACAAUUGGAUACAGUUUAGCCGAUUCUCCUGUUGGUCUUCUUGCUUGGAUUUAUGAAAAGCUUGUCAAUUGGACAGAUAACUACCCUUGGGAUGACGACGAAGUUCUGACCUGGGUAUCCAUUUAUUGGUUCUCAAAUGCUGGCCCUGCAGCAUCCGCGAGAAUCUAUUACGAGAGUGUAAGGGAAGCUCCUACUGCUAAUCCACUCCCAACAAUUCCACACGGAGCGUCUGUGUUUCCCAAAGAUAUUUUUGUUGCCCCGCUUUCAUGGACCAAGAGCCCCCACAGAGUAUUUGAGACCGCUCAUAACAAAGGAGGACAUUUUGCAGCCUUGGAAUCGCCCGAGGUGCUGGUAGGUGAUUUGAGAAAAAUGUUUGCCCAAGGAGGACCGGCAUAUGGGGUUGUUGAGGGAAGAAUUUCCGACGCCAUACCCUCAUCACUCAAAGUAACUAAGCUUCAGCUUACCAUUCAUGCCAAACAUAAGCCGUUUUUUCUGGUUCCUACUUCACCAAAAGUUGAAGCUUGGAGUUUCAGCUUAAAGUGGCUUCAAGUGGCAGCCACUCAAGGCUUCCAAACCUCAACUAUCUCAGGCGGACUACCAUCCUACACCGCGGUAAAAAACCAGAUGAACGCUGUGACCAAACCCUUUCAGAUCAGCGUCCCGGAUAAGAGCUUAGAACUUUUGAACAAGAAGCUUGCACUGUCGAUUCUUCCUGACGAAUUGGAGGACGCAGGACGUGACUAUGGGGCACCCCUCAGUGAUAUUCAGCGCCUACUCGCCCGCUGGAAGUCUGGGUACGACUGGAGGAGGUAUGAAAAGCAAAUCAACAGCGAGCUUCCACAAUUUCAGACUGAAAUCGAUGUAAACGGACACGGGACGCUCAAGAUCCACUUUGUGCACAAGAAAAGUGAGGUUGAAGGCGCUAUUCCGUUGUUGUUCGUUCAUGGAUGGCCAGGUAGUGUGGUUGAAGUCCGCAAGAUUUUACCGCUCUUGAUAAAAGGAGGCCCCGACCAACCCUCUUUCCAUGUUGUCGCUCUCAGCUUGCCAGGGUUUGGCUUUUCGGAAGCUCCCAGGAAAAGAGGUUUUGCUUUUGAUCAGUACGCCGAAGUCGGAAACAAGCUAAUGUUGGCAUUGGGAUACGAUCAGUAUGUUACUCAAGGAGGGGACUGGGGUUAUAUGGUCACCAGAAGAAUCGGUCAUUUAUACGGCCGAAACUACAGCAGAGCAUGGCACACCAAUUACGAGGCUGCAGAACCUGGUCGUGUUCCAGCAGAACUAUUUUCAAAGACAGAUGAAUUUCUAAAGAACCUAGGACCCGAAUAUACAGCAGCAGAUAAGGCAGGCUUAGAAAGAACAGUGUGGUACAGGAAUCAAGGCAUGGGCUAUUUCUCGGAGCAAGCUACCCAGCCACAAACGAUUGGCUAUAGCCUGGCUGACUCGCCCGUUGGGCUUCUCGCAUGGAUAUAUGAGAAACUUGUCAACUGGACGGAUGAUUAUUCAUGGGACGAUGAUGAAGUUUUGACGUGGGUAUCAAUAUACUGGUUUUCCACCGCCGGUCCCGUUGCAUCUGUCAGGAUUUACUAUGAAAACAGACACGAAAAGCCUUAUAUCGACAUUCUCCCAACGAUUCCACAUGGCGCAUCUGUAUUCCCGAAGGAUAUCUUUGUGGCACCUUUAUCCUGGGUAAACGAACAUCGUAUUGCAAGGUGGACUGAGAGUCCCUACAGAGUCUUUGCGACGGUGCACCCCCGUGGUGGACAUUUUGCUGCCACAGAACAACCUGAGAGGCUGGUUGAAGAUGUGAGAAGGAUGUUUGCCAAAAAAGGCCCAGCGUUUGGUGUGGUUGAGGGUAGAAUAGGGUAUUGA